GGGCCGGCAUCCCUGCGGGGCGGCUGGCUGGGCCGCCCGCGGCGCUGUCCGCCAGCGGCAGGGUGGCCGCGGCGCUGCAGUCGACCGCCUGGCAGGCGCGCGCCGCCAGGAGUGCCGCCUCGCGCGGUUGGCUGGGCCGGUCGUCGCGCUACGCGCGCGUGAGGCUGCGGGAGCUCUUCCAGAGCGACGGCCAGCUGCUGCUCGUGGUGGCCGCGGCGGCGGUGCUCUUCUCCGUGCUGUCGCACGCGCUGGCGGCGGGGCCGCUGCUCUCUCUCGGCCGCCGGCCGGCCUGGCCCUGGCAGCGGAGGAGGGGCCUGCUGGCCUGGGUCGCUGCCCGGCUGCCGGGCGGCGCGGACCUGCCGCUGAUCGCCGCGCUGGGCCUGUGCGCCGUUGCCGCAGUGCACGGCAGGGGCUCCCGGACCGCCUCGGCGCCUCGCCGGAGUAGGCCUGCUCGCCUCAGGGCGCCCGUGCGGGAGCGGCUCGCGCCGUCGCUCAGCUCCAUGGCGCCGGCGUCCAAGGCGGAGGCCGAGGAGGCGCUGGCAGAGGGGAUGUUCAAGGAGCUGCGCGCCCAGGUGCGCCGCGGCAGUGAUGAGCUGAGGGCUACAAUCGCCCUGGAGGCGUGGGGCGAGGGCGGCCGGCCCAGCCGGCCUCUGAAGCGGGGCGAGCUGCAGAUCCUCGUGGAAGAGGCGGCGCGCACGGGGCGCCAGCUGGGCCUUCUCGCGGCGCUGGCCGGAGCUCUCAGGGACCUCGGCGUCCGGCUCGACUGGGCACCUGGCCAGGACCUCGCCGCCAAUCUUGGCCGGCACGCUCUUGACCCUGCGCUGGAGGCAGCGGUCAACGAUAACCGCGACGAGAAGGUGGCGCUGCUGCUGCUGGACCUGGGCCUCGACGGCGGGAGGGGCAGCGCCGCGCAGCUGAACGCAAACCCGCUGCUGCGGGCCGCCGCCUCUCAGGGGAUGGUGCGGCUGUCCGAGCGGCUUGUGACCGACUGCGGCGCAGCCGUCAACGCCCGUGACCCUCGGUAUGGCACGACCGCGCUCGACCGCGCGGCGGAUGCAGGCCAGGAGGCCGUCGCCAGGAAGCUGCUCGACCUGGGCGCGGACCCAGCAGCCGGACGGGGCGUCGAGUACCUGGCCGCCCGGCUGGGGCCCUGGUUCCCCGCGCGCUGCUCGCAGGCCAGCCAGGGCAACGCGAGGGGAGGCGCGCAGGUGUCGUUCGAGGAGCUGCGCACCUCGAUGCUGCGCGCCACCGACGACUCAGCGGUCUCGGCCCUGGACGAGUGGCGCUCGGCCAGAGGGUCGCCACUGCGGCCCGCGGAGCUGGCGCUGCUGCUGGAGGACACCGCGCGCAGCGGAUAUCGCCCGGCGGUGCUGCGACGCCUGCUGUCAGAGCUGCCCUUCCAGCCCGCCUCGGCCGGGGAUGGUGUCGUCGGACACCGGCCGCUGGAUGCCGGACUGCGAGCAGCGGUCGAGGAGAAUUCGGACGAGCGCGUGGCCCUGCUGCUGCUGGACCUGGGCAUCGGGAGCGGAGGCGGCCCCGCCGCCGGCCAGCUGAACCCCAACCCGCUGCUGCGCAGCGCUGCCAGCAGGUGCCUCCCAGGCGUCGUGGAGCGGCUCCUGGACACGGCCGGCGCGGACCUGGACUCGCCCGACCCGAAGUUCGGGAGCACGGCGCUGGACAGGGCGGUGGCGGCGGGCUGCGACGAAGUGGCCACGAGGCUGCUGGAGCGCGGGGCCGACCCGCGCGCGGGGCGUGGCCUCGACUACCUCCUGCAGAGCGCCAGCCCGCGGGUGAGCGCACUUCUCGUGGGGCGGCGCGGGGGCGAGUGA